GAUUAAAUACAGGUUUAUCACAGAAGGUUGGUUGACCUGGAAUGUUAUCAGCUGAUUGAAUAAAAAUCGAAGAAGGAGAAAGCAAGAUAGAAAAACACUAUUAUUUGUUAGGUUAUGCUUAUAAUAUAAAAUAGUAGAUUUAUAUAAAAUUUUGUAAUUAUUGGGAUGACAAAAAAGGACUGAAAUAAAGUGUUAUUUGUUUUUGAAAAAUUUCAAGUCAAAAACCAAAAAUGCCAGCCCCCGUCGGAUAUCAAACAGGAGGACCCUCUUGUUUCGAUAAGAUAAAAAUUGGAUUUCUGUUAGGAUUCUGUGUCGGUAUGGCAACUGGAGGAAUCUUUGGUGGAUUUGGAGCUCUAAGGGCUGGACUAAGAGGUCGUGAAUUGGUGAACAACAUGGGCAAGACAAUGAUGUCCACUGGUGGAACGUUUGGCACAUUCAUGGCCAUAGGCAGUGGCAUUAGAUGUUGACUUUAUCUAUUACAAAUUUAACAAUAUUUAAAUAAAUGUAAAUAAUUUUUUAUUAUGCAAUCUCUUUUCAUUUAAAGCAAUGAAACAAUGUCAAUAGUUGUAGUAUGUAAACAAAAAUAAAUUAUUUUGCGAUUUGUCUGUAAAAAUUUA